AGUGACUCGUCACUCCGCGCUGGAAGAUGGCUGCGGUGGAGCGGACCCCGGUCAGGGAAGGGAUCCGGAUAGCUUCACUGUGUGUGUGCUGGUACACGGUCAGCUCGGGGGGCAAUGUGGUCAACAAAAUCAUCCUGAAUGGCUUCCCGUACCCGGUCACCGUCUCUCUGUUUCAUAUCAUCUCCAUCGUCGUCUUCCUCCCGCCGCUGCUGCGGGCUUGGGGAGUCCCCAAAACAGAACUGCCGAGCAGGUACUACCGCUGGUACAUCCUGCCUUUAGCUUUCGGGAAAUACUUCGCAUCGGUGUCGGCUCACUUCAGCAUAUGGAAAGUGCCUGUUUCGUAUGCGCACACUGUCAAAGCCACGAUGCCAAUAUGGGUUGUGUUGCUAUCAAGAAUUAUCAUGAGGGAGAAGCAAACCACUAAGGUCUACAUAUCGCUCAUCCCCAUCAUCGGUGGAGUGCUGCUGGCCACAGUCACUGAGCUGUCCUUUGAUGUUUCAGGACUAAUCAGCGCUCUGGCUGCAACGCUCUGCUUCUCUCUGCAGAACAUUUUCUCCAAAAAGGUGUUGCGUGACACCAGAGUUCACCACCUGAGGCUGCUCAACAUUCUCGGCUUCAACGCUGUGAUCUUCAUGCUACCCACCUGGGUGCUAGUGGACCUCUCAGUGUUUCUUGUAAAUGGAGACCUGUCGGACGUUUCAGAAUGGACGGGUACUUUUGUCCUCCUGCUCAUCAGCGGCUUCUGCAAUUUCGCCCAAAACGUCAUCGCCUUCAGUGUACUUAACCUCGUCAGCCCUCUCAGCUACGCCGUCGCCAACGCCACCAAGAGGAUCAUGGUCAUCAGCAUCUCACUGUUCAUGCUGCGCAACCCGGUCACCCUCACUAAUCUCAUGGGUAUGAUGACGGCCAUUGUUGGAGUCUUCCUUUACAACAAGGCCAAGUAUGACGCUAACAAGCAGAAGAAGUUGUUGCCGAGCUCCAAGCAGGACCUGAUGUCCUUUGACAACCCGGCGCUGGAGAAGCUCCAGACCAACGGGUCAGUGCCUUUCUCCCACGGCUCAGAGCAGCAGCACAGCUGGAACAACGUGUUGACCGACCACUUCCAGUACAGCCGGCAGACCUACACGACAAACUACAGCAGCAACCACCAGUACGUUGUGUAGAGGAGGAGUGUGUCCUCGCUCUGGGUAGCUGUCAUAGACAUUACUGUGUGUAGCCGCCCUCCCAGCAGCGGGUCCUCACCACCCGCUCCAAACUCAAGACUGAAGGCAAGUGCUGUUUGUUCUGGAUAUUAGGAAUGAGUUGUGUUGGUCAUAAAAGGCCUGAGAUGUGACCUCUCCCUCACCACUCCCUGUCUAAACAUCAUUUUAUGGACAGCUUUGCUAUAGGUCAUCAUUUAUUUAUUACUGUAGUACCAACUGUACAGGGUGGUUUGAGAGAAAACUUUAAUCAGUCAUUUUCAGACGUGUUGGUGACGGAUUAAGCCAUGUUAUUCUGACACAUAAAUGUGCCACAGCAGGUGUGGGAGGUAGUUGAAGAAUGGUUUCUUUGAGACUGUCUGGAAAUGUUUGAGUUUUGUUUUCACAACCAGCCAUAUUUUUGUUUGGGGUUAUUUUGUCGACUUUGAAAGGAAAGCAUCUGUAGCCAUUUACUGUGAACGUUAACUUGCACAGAGUCAGGAGACUGUCAUGUUACCUUGUGUAGCAAACUGAGUUAUAUAGAAGGUCUUUAGAGUUUUUGUUUGGGGCAUUUCAUGUUCAUGAUUGUCAUUUUUCUUCAUGAGGCACUUGUCAUAUUGUGGGAUCAAACAAACCACUCAGUCUGUCCUCAGUGAUAAAAUCUUGAGGCCAGUGGUACUUGCCAGGAAAGUUAUGGUUUUGUGCAUUUGGCCUGACGGAUCUUAUUUGAUCAUAGUCAGUUUUAGCUGUGGUGGCACAAUGGCUCGACAGAUGUCAGUAUUUUGGUGUAAACUGACACAUCUCAAUAAUCACUGGCUGGAUUGCCUGAAAAUUUGGUACACACAUUCUUAUCUCUUAUCUGAACUCUAGUAACUUUGGUGAUCACUUGACUUUUCAUCAAUGACGAACAUCGUGUCAAAGUUUUCAUUCAUUCAAUACUUUGGUUUGUGACUAUCUAUGAAACACCUUCAGCUGUUCUUUAAGAGCUAAGCAUGCUAACAUGAUAUGCACCAACAUGGGGAACAUGGUAAUUGUACCAGACAGCCCUCAACAUGUUAGUAGUCAUUGUGAGCACGCUAGCAUUCAACUCAAAGUACUGCUGUGCUGAAGUGGAUCCUCACAGAACCUCUUGCAUGGCAGUAGACUGUAGAUGUGAGAUGCCACUGUAGAUAUAAAUUAGACUGCUGUAGCUCUAUUUUUGCACUCACUUUACAAGGUAGUUCAAAAAUACAAGUUCCUUAUGAAGAAAAAUGCCUAAAUAACAAGAACAAAUCGGUUCCCGAUGUCUAUCAAACAUUUUGCACACGCAGAUCAGUAAAACUUACGUCACCACGUGUUUUUAACUGCCGUUGAUGAAAACACACACAAAAUGUCCACGUCUUUAAAUCAAGAGCGAGACCAGUUCUGUUAUCCAGAGGUCAGUGACCUCGCACAUAUCUGCCCUUUUCACCAAUGAAACCGAAACAUUUCUACUUGUUAUCAUGAGGUGUAAAUGUAAAAAGUUAGCAUAAAAUUAGAAUCAUCAAAACAAGGCAUCUUUAUAAUGUGAAGUACAACAGCUGCGUAUUGUAGAGAUGCCCUUUGUUUCAUUUUUUUAUCCCGUCUAACCAUGUAAAAUGCAAUAGAGAUGUUAAAUUUACUUGUUUGUUUUGUCAUAGUUUGGAGUUAAUGAAUUCAUUUAAAAAAUUACAUAUUUUUUUUAACUGAUUAUUUGGUAUUUAUUGAUCUGUGAAGCUUCUCAGGCAGUAACGGUUUCUCUCCUGUCAGGCAAUUUUUCCGCCUGAACCAAAGCUGCUCUGUCAUGUUUCUGUUUUUUUUUUCUAAACAGAGGCUUGUGUUGAGUUUGCACAUCAUGAAACAACUAAAUGUGUUAUACAGAUUGUGAGCAGUUUUGGCAUCGUCGGUGUCAGAAAGUCUCUGGACAGACUUGAUUGAAAAUGAGACAUGCAUGAAAUCCAAGGUUUGGUUUGUGCAAUUAAAGAUUCAACUUUAAUUUCAGGUGGACUUCAUUAUCAUUAUUGAUUGCAAUGUCUGCAAAAUUGAGAACUGAUAAUCAUUUGUAUUUUUAAAGGCAUUUUUUACUGCUCGAGGAACUAUUUAAUGUAGGAAACAUCGGCCUCAUGUGUUUCUCCCUGCAGGAUAGCUUGUGCUCACUGAUGCUCUCAUAGUCUCACUACAGCAAUAUAAAGUCUCUACCUGCUUUUUUGUGGCUCAGAUGCUUCAGCAUCAAGUGCGAGUCGUAGCCUGUGAGCUUCUUUUUUCAGCUGUAGUCUCUAAUAGAUGCAGAUUAGGGGAUAGCAUGGUUAAACUUUAAUAAUACGGCUUUUUGUGUACUUUUUUGACACUUGAAACACUGUCAUAGUAUUUAGUCCGAAGAAUAACCCUGAAAUAAUCUGCGAGAAGCUCUGAAAGGUCAGUGGGCUUCUUAGAGACAAACCAGUGUCUCUUUAUGGAUUCAUGGGGAAAACUGAACUGCUGACAAAUGAGAGAAUGAAUUAAGUAGAAACUCCUGUUCUGAAAUAAUUACUACCUUCCUCGAAUGCCUUUUUUUAAAGUUAAGACUCCUGCUGUAGUGGGUGGGUUGAUUGUUCACAUUGAGGCUGUAUUUUCUUGGCGUCAUUAAACUGGAUAAAAUGUCUUUUAGAGCACCACAAACUGCAGCCUCAAAACUAAAAAAAGGAGAUGAAUUUAAAACCUCUGACUCAACACCAGCAUUGAUUAAAGUUUCAUGAAAGUGGCAUUUAUCUACCGGAAUAUUUUAGUUUUGUAACCGUCCUGGAAACCCCAACAUUUAAUUGCAUUAAGUUACAGCAGAGAACUGUGCAGCUGUAUGGAGCUGCAUUAUUUUACAGAUGCAUGUGUCCUGUAUCUUUUAAGUGUCAUCUGUUCUCAUCAGCUCCUGCCAGCAGCCACUUAAAGCACCUGUGAUGUACACCAUAUGCUACCUUCCUAACACCAGUCAUACUGAGGGACUGGAGGAUAACGUAGAGCAUUCAGUAGGUAAACGGUCUGAUAUUUCUUAGGGGGCUUUGGAGGCCAAAAAGGAGCUUAGAAAUGAGUGGAAGCCAUCAGAAGGAAGGAGACCUGCUUGUUAUGUCACUACAACAUCCUACUAGUUCCUGCUUUGGUUAUUUCAAGAUUCAGAUCUGUCAUUGUUCUGUGAUUACCUAAAGUAUUCCCAUACAUGAGGAGAUGCACACAUACCACUUCAACUUUAAAUCAUAUGUAUUUCCACAUUGUUUUAUCACGUUUGUUCUUGUAUUUCAACCAGCAGCAUGUGGAGCCUUGAUAUCGUUGAACAUUUUCAUACUGUUGCUUCUUGAGAAACUACUUUUGUAAGUAUCAAGAAGGAAACUGUCACUAUUAAUACAACAGAUGCUUUUUUUUAAUGAUUUCAAGUCAAAAAUUUGCUAAAAUAAAACAUACUCUUCAGCUGCAUAUCAGAUUGGUGCAAUACCUCACGUAAAAUGCAACGAUUUGCACUCCUUUGGGUGAUAAACAUUUUAUGAGAAGAGAGUAAAAUAAAACAAAACAUUGAAGCAAAUCAAUGUUAAACAGCAGUCGGACAAUGACAGUAUGCAACCAAAACUGAAACUACUUUCAAAAGAUAGGAGCCAAUCAAAUCAAGGAUUUAUUUUACAAUAUCCAUGUGUAGUCUGUAUAUUUUAGUGUUCAAGUUCUGCAUUUAGACGCAGGUUUUUGGAUGUAGUAAUGUGAAGCUACUGGACUUUAAUCAGCCUUAGAGAGCAAUCAAUAGUAGUCACGUUUUAAGUGUUCAUGAUUCAUCACACUGCCUACUGCUGACGUUUUUAGACUCUCUGUAGUUUCUUCAUGUGUUUCUUCAUGUCCUUCCUCGUGUCGCCAAAAGCAGAGUGUUACGCUUCUGAUGCACCACAGGAUAGAAGGCUUGUUUUCAGAAAGGCGCGAUGUGGGACACAUGAAGGGUUCUUCAGUGUCCUUGUUUCUGUGCACUGAGCUGACUGGGAGAACAUUUAGAGAACGGUUCAUUAACUAAGAUGCUGGCUCUCUGUUGUUAACCUUUCCCCGGGAUGUAAAUGUCAAUGAGCGGAGAACGGGGAGAAGACUUUGUAAAACUUGUAUAAUUAUUAUUUUUGUGUGUCUUUCAUGGAUCUUGAGACAAAAUUUUUACUUAACCGAUGUUUAUAGAUUUUUAUUUAUGGUGUCAAGGUACAAAAAUGUUGUACAGUCGUGCAGCUAUGCACAGUCUCGUCUGCUUAUGUUUAGUAAAUGCUAUUUUUAAAUGUUGGGGGGAAUAAAUGCAUUAUGGAAUCCUGAA